AUGGCUGCUGAUGGUGGAACUCAUCAUCCAUAUGGGGGGUUCUCUCUAUCUUCAUCCUCCCAGAGGGUAGAGGGGUCUGCUGUGGGAGGAGCUAAUUCUUCGAGGAAGGAAUCUCAAGGGUUUCAACAUAAAGCUUCGUCUGAGUUUUUAUGGUCUGAUAUGUUUGUGAAGAAGAAGGAAUUAUCACCUGAUGUGUCCAUAGAUUUCAAUUCUCCUGGCUUUAUUGAUGAUAAAGAGGUAGCAGAUGUGUUAGAAGAAGAUGUUGCUGAUGAAUUGAAAUUUUGUCAGGAUUUGCUAAUUGGGGUUUUUGUGGGGAAGAAGUUCCCUUACAUGAUGGUUAAGAAUGCAGUUCUUCGUGCCUGGAAACCUAAAGGAGCUAUGCAGAUGACUAUUCAUGGUGAGUCCAAUUAUGUAUUUGAAUUUGAUAAUGAAGAGGAUCGCGUUGCUGCUAUUGAGUACGGCCCCGUGUUUAUUGCUAGUCAAAUGUUCUUGGUUAGGCCAUGGCAUCCUUUGAUUGAACAGGAAAUAGCUACAAUGAAAUCUGUUCCCACCUGGGUUAAUUUACGCAAGGUACCAUUACAUAUGUGGAAUGCAACUGCUUUAUCAAAGAUAGCUAGUUUAAUAGGGAAACCUAUUAUGAUGGACAAAUUCACAUUGAGUCGUUCUAGAAUGAGUUUUGCUCGUGUCUUAGUGGAAAUAGAUUUUGAUUAUAAGUAUCCAUUGGUUGUUCCUGUAUACUAUAAGGGGAAGCAUGUGGUGGAUGUUUAUGUUGAAUAUUCAUGGAAACCUCCCGUCUUCUCAGAGUGUUCAACUUUUGGUCAUUCCCUGGCUAAAUGUCCUAAAGUAGCACCUAAGAUUUAUGCUGCAGUAGAGAAGAAGAACAAUGAUGGUGUUGUGAAACAGGUUUAG